AUGGCGCCCUUUGUAGAGGAAGCCGAGGAAUCUCGCGCAGUCUCGUCCAAGGUCGCGCCCAACCUCGUCGCGCCAGAACCAGAGCACUGCCCAGGUCCCGAGUCUGAAAAAGCCGGCCAAGGCGAUGCCUGUGCUGGCUGUCCAAAUCAACAAAUAUGCGCAACAGCGCCUAAGGGUCCAGACCCCGAUAUCCCCAUUAUCACCGAACGACUCUCUCAAAUACGACACAAGAUCCUGGUCCUCUCCGGCAAAGGCGGGGUGGGCAAAUCGACAUUCUCAACCCUCCUUUCGCACGGAUUCGCCGCAAACCCAGACUCCACCGUCGGCAUCAUGGACACAGACAUUUGCGGGCCAUCGAUCCCCAAGAUGAUGGGCGUCGAGUCGGAGACUAUCCACGUUAGCAAUGCAGGCUGGAGUCCAGUCUGGGUAACGGAUAAUCUAGGCGCGAUGAGCGUGCAGUUCAUGCUACCCAACCGAGAUGAUGCGGUUAUCUGGCGUGGUCCGAAGAAGAAUGGCCUUAUCAAACAAUUCCUCAAGGAUGUGGACUGGGGUGAGCUGGAUUAUCUGAUUGUGGAUACACCACCUGGAACCUCCGAUGAGCAUCUAUCCGUCAACUCAUUGCUGAAGGAGUCGGGUGUUGAUGGUGCUGUUGUGGUCACGACCCCACAGGAAGUUUCCUUGCUGGAUGUUCGCAAGGAGAUUGAUUUCUGCCGCAAGGCUGGAAUCAAGGUCUUGGGCUUGGUGGAGAAUAUGUCUGGCUUUGUUUGUCCCAGCUGCACACAUGAGUCGCAGAUCUUCCGCGCGACCACUGGUGGUGGUCGUAGGUUGGCGAAGAAAAUGGGUAUUCCCUUCCUGGGUGCUGUGCCUCUGGAUCCCCGCGUCGGUAUGGCGUGUGACUUUGGCGAGAGCUUUGUGGACAGUUACCCCGACAGUCCGGCGUCGAAGGCUAUCAAGCGCGUUGUUCGUGCCGUGGGUGAAGCCGUUGGGGAGAAUCCAGAGGAUGUCCUUCCUGAGGAUUUGAUUGGUUGA